AUGGAGCCUCAACAGCCCCAAGGGCUUGGCUAUGGCGGCCCCGGAUCCACGGCAGAAGUGGGCAACCGUGUUGUUUCCAUGGUCUCGUCAGGACCUGCUGCCCUUCGCGUCCCAGGCGACACCUUGCACGGCCGCACCGCAAAGCGCCAGAGUCGAGCCGGCCCCUCCCAAGAUCGCACCUUCGCGAGAUCGUCGUGGCAGGACACGUCAAAGCCGCGACCCACCUCCCCUCGGAGCUCUCGCACCGACGACAGUCGCUCGUCUGCCGAAUAUGCAUCCUUCAUGGGCUACUCGCCAGGCAUCCCGACCUGGCAGCAGGACGCCCUGGCUUUCGAGACGGGCACUGGCUGCGGCCCAUGGACCUAUGGUGCCGACAACAGGCCCUUUCCAUGGCUCCCCUGGACCUUGUUUGGGUCAAACUUGGAGCACAAAGCCCGCAAUCCCGCCGCUUGCGACGCUAUAGGCUACCAAAUACGCCCCCCGAGCCUCAUCUAUGCGUUUCUUCGACGGUUUCUCGGCUUCUUCAUGCUCUGCUUCUUGAUUUCCCUGUUUCAUCGUCAGCUCGAGAGCAAGGGACUGUAUUGUAGGGGGGCAGUUGGAAGGCCUGAGCCGAGAAUGGACGAUUCGUUCCGCAAGCCGGAAGUGGACAAUACACUCGUCAAGCUCUGGGCAGAAACCCUCAUCACAACGGGUGCUUGUUUCCUGCUCGCACAGGGGCUUUACGGGGUUAGGGCCGCGCGGGAGCGGAUGGAGAGAGUACGGCAGACAGCCGUCACGCUGGCCUACUCUUUCACCAAGACGACGGCCGCCACCAGCGAGAUGGGUCGCAAUAAGGAAGAGAUGCAACUUCUCAUCUACGAGUGCCUCGCCCUGCUUACCGCCUAUCCUGUCGCUCUUCUUGAGCAGAUACGAGGAAACACCUGCGAGCCCGCCAUCACGAGGUACUGUCAAGACGUGGCGAGGGCAUUGAAGCAGCUCAGAAGCGGUCAAGACAGCAACUUGGCGUCUCAGUGCUACGAGAGCAAGCCGUGGGCUCGCACUAACCGCGGCCAUCAUCAGUUUGCCACGGUCGAGUACUUUUUCGAAAUCUUCUCUCUCCAGCUUCAGCUCGAAUACAGUCGACAGACAAUGAGGACAAAGGCGGCAUCCUUGACGUCUCAGCAUAUCAUCUUCAACCUUCGCAAUCAUUUUGAAAACCUCGUGGACCUGAGAAAUGUCGACGAUCGAAGGACGCCCAUCAUCCGAGAAAAUAUCGACAUGCUGAGUCUGGCCGGACGAGAAUGCGGCAUCUUCUCCCUCACCGACGUCCUUCCGGUUGUCUUUCUCCAUUCCGUCUCGGUGGCCGGCUGGCUCAUUGCCUUGUACAGCCCCAUUCAGAGGUGUGACUGGAUUGUGGACUGGGCCCCCGACGGUUCGACGGGCAUCAACCUUCCGACGUUGAAUGCCAUGGUGCCCAUGGCCGUCUUGUCCCUCAUGAGCAGUAUGCUGACGACGGUCCUCGCCGAGAUGUGGAUGAUGUGGGAUCCUUUUGGCAAGGGCACCAACACAUACGGGUGGACCCUGGGUAUUGCGAUGGAGAUUGACAAUAUGCUCAACGACUUUUACGAAUACGACACGGAUGCGCUCGUCCGCGCGCACACGUACAUGGACCCGGUACCGUGCCGGCAUGAAAUGGGGUCUGACGGCGGCGAGAGCUCGGGGGACAGAGCCCAGACCGUGUGA